AUGUUUUUUGGUGCAGGGGAUGGGAAAAUCUUUUGCUGUGUUGAAAACUUUCUGCUGGAUGGGAAAACCCAAUUCCCGCCCCGCUCCGAUCUAGGCUCCCAGACCACCCUGCCUCCCAUCUAUGGAAACCUUGUGGCGGGGGUAGGAGUUGUUUUGCUGGGUGCUGGUCAGGUGGUACAGCAGGAGGCUGGUUGCCAGGCACUGGUCACAGGGAUACAUCAGCAAGGGGGCUGGUUGCUGGCACUGGUUGCCAGGUACUGGUCAUGGCCAUACCGCAGGGGACUGGUUGCCAGGCACUGGUUGUCCAGCACUGGUCACGGGCAUACAGCAGCAGGGAGCUGGUUGCUGAUUGCCAGGUACUGGUCACUGGGAUAUAGCCAGGCACUGGUUGCGAGGCACUGGUUGCCCAGCACUGGUCACAGAGAUACAGCAGCAGGGGGCUGGUUGCCAGGCACUGGUCAGUGGGACAUAGCUGGGUGCUGGUUGCUGGGCACUGGUUGCCAGGCACUGGUCACUGGAUACAGCAGGAGGGGCUGGUUGCCAGGCACUGGUUGCCAGGCACUGGUCACUGGGAUACAGCAGGGGUCUGGUUGCCGGGCUCUGGUCACUGGGAUACUGCAGGGGGCUGGUUGUUGGGCACUGGUUGCCAGGCACUGGUCACAGGGAUACAGCAGGGGGCUGGUUGGCAGGCACUGGUCACAGGGAUACAGCAGGGGGCUGGUUGCUUGGUACUGGUUGCCAGGCACUGGUCACAGAGAUACAGCAGGGGGCUGGUUGCCUGGCACUGGUCACAGGGAUACAGCAGGGGGCUGGUUGCCAGGCACUGGUCACAGGGAUACAGCAGGGGGCUGGUUGCCAGGCACUGGUCACAGGGAUACAGCAGGGGGCUGGUUGCCAGGCACUGGUCACAGGGAUACAGCAGGGGGCUGGUUGCCAGGCACUGGUCACAGGGAUACAGCAGGGGGCUGGUUGCCGGGCACUGGUCACUGGGUGCAGCAGGCAGCAGCGGGGGCCUGGUUGCUGGGCGCUGGCAAGACGCGGGGGUGGGGGGGAGCUGGCGCUGACGGAGGCGGACGCUGUGCCUUUAAGAGCGGGGCUGUGUGGGCCCUGCCCCCUGUUUUGCAUAUUCAUGAGGCCCGGGGGCCGCUCCCAGGCUGGGCGAGCGGCCGUGCUGGGCUGCAGGGACCGGCCCGCCACCGCCCCGUGGCUCCCUGCACCGGCCCCUGCGGCCCCCGGUACCCAGCGCCCGCCUGUAGCCCCCGGACCAGGAUCCAGCCACAAGCAUCCUGCUGCACCCCGGCCCCCAGCGCCCGGCAACCGGCCCCCCGCUGCAUCCCGCCCCCCAGCGCCCGGCAACCGGCCCCCCGCUGCACCCUGGCCCCCAGCGCCCGGCAAUUGGCCCCCCGCUGCACCCCAGCGCCCGGCAACCGGCCCCCCGCUGCACCCCGGCCCCCAGCGCCCGGCAACCGGCCCCCAGCUGCAUCCCGGCGCCGGGUACCAACCUGGCCCCGGCUGGGAGGCCCCUGCCCGGACGUGAUUCCCGAGCUGGGGGCGGCGGGGGUGGGGGUUGCAUUUGCCAUCUGGACCUUUAACCCCAGGGAGCGUGGGGGAGGGAUCUGA